GUUUAAUUAAAUGUUCUAAUAGGCUGUGGCAAUUAAAUCUCAUGAGAUGCAUUCGAAAAGGAAAGUCUUUGAAAAACAGCCUUUGUUUAUUAAAGCAGGUUUGUAUUAUUUGAAUGAAUACCUUGAAUAAAGAAAAUUGGAUAUAGAGUAGAGACUUGAUUUUGCAAAUCAAUUAAAGGAAAAAGGGAAUAGCUUAUUCUAAUAAGGUAUGAAAAUAAACUUAUUUGCUUAAAGGGAAAUUCGGGAAUGCCUCUCAUGAAUACGAAAAAUCUCUAAGCAUUUUCCUUUAUAUUGAAAACAAGAACCCCAAUUGGAAAAAUGAAGGAAUCCUAGAUGAUGAUUUAACAUAUAAGGAUGAUAAUUUUGAUUAAAGAAUUGUUGAUAUAAGAAUAAAAUUGUUGCUGAAUUUAGCCAUUUGCUAUAUUAAAGAGAAGUAAUUUAAGGAUGCCAUUGCAGCUUGUGAUUAUGUUUUAAAUGUUUAAGAUAAUUCUAAGGCAUACUACAGAAGGGCAAAAGUAUUAGUUUUUUGAAUAACUUAGGCUAGAUUGGAUAAUAUCAAUGCUGAGGAGAGCGAUUAUAAACUAGCAAUUCAAGAUCUCGAGAAAGCACUCUCAAUUGAUGAUGAUGAAGCAAUUAGAAAAGAUCUUACCAAAGCUAAAUUAGAAUUGAAAAAGAUGAUGAGAUCAAGUAUUGAAAUAUCACAAAAUGUAAUGAAAAAUAUUGAAAAAACAUCUCCUAAACCAUAAGAGAUAUAACCUACAGAAAAACAAUCAGAAUUAGUAGAGGAUGAUUCAUCUUCAGAAGAAGACGAUUAUGAAUAUAGUGAAGAUUGGAAAAAAUACUCCUUUAAUACUCUAUCCUAUGAACCAAGUUUUGAGGAAGACACAAGUAUUCAGAUACCAGAGGAAAUCAAUGAACUUGGUAAGUUUAUAGAAAGUAGAGGAGUGUAAAUCUUACAUUUAUAUGAAACUCAAGGAAAACAUGAAGAGGCUGAAAAGCAUAGACAAUUUUUAGCUUAAUUAAUGGCAACUAAAAUGAAGAUUGAAAGAAUAAGUAGAUCAAAUUUUACAAAACCAAUUGUAAAUGAGAAAGCAUCUUAAUUUGGAAUUGAUUUAUCUGAUUCCUCUGUGCAAGAAGAAUUCAAAUAAUUGUUCCUUCAAAAUAUGAAGGAUCUUAGAAAAUGGUUGAAAGAAUAAAAUUGGAAAAUGAGAAAAUCAAAGAUUAUCAAAAAGGUGGACAAAUUGGCUUAAAAAUAGAAGGAAGUGAAGUUGGAGGAGGAAACUGGAACUAAUUCCAAAUACGAUUGGUUGGUUUUAGGAAUUUGUGCUUUAAUAUUAUUGGUAAGUUUAUAUUAUUAUAUAUUUGAUUGA